AUGUUCUGGAAAGAGCCAAUACCCCUAGAGGCUUGGGUAGAAAGCAACGUGGGCGGGAAAAGAUUGAACGAAUACCAGGUCUUACAUCACGAGAAGGACCAAAAAGGAUACCCGUAUACCGAAUGUUUCCUCGAGACGAUCGAUGAAACCUUCUCAAUUAAGAUCAAGAUGAACGAUGUAGAUAUAUUCGAAAGACAUGGGUGGUAUUCCAGAUGUCGAAUUGACGGUCUCAGCUCACCAGGUAGUCGAUGGAAGUAUAGAGCAAUAAACACUUUUGAUACGUUGAAGGAAAGGAAAGACGGGAAAGUGUACGAAUCAAAACUCAAGUUCGCUUCUUUGGCAACAAUUGAUGAGGAAGAACAGGUCACGAUUGGUGGUGAUAUUUUGAGCAAGCUCGGUACGAUCAGGAUCGACAUUCAGUUUGGGGAAUGGAUUGCCGAUUCCUCGACGCACAAAGGGUACCUUACAAUUCCAAUAUCAGGAGUGGUACAUGAGAAAGUCAAAAAGAUCCCCUUCGUCAUUCAGGGAAGUGACCCGGUGAUCACUCCAGAUCAAGAAUAUAUAAAAUAUGACUUUCAUCCGAGCAAAGAGGGUAUGAAAUACUACAGAUUCAUCUUCAACUAUCGACCUCGGCCCGUUCUAGAACUGAUGGGUGUUAUCGAGAAUGUAUCAGCUGCACCUUCGACGGAUAUUGGUAAGAGACGUGACCAUGAAGCUGAUCCUGGAUCCAACGAAACAUCGAGAAAGGAUAAAAAGAUCAAAGUGAAGAGCAAGAAGAAAGGGAGGAAGUCAAAAGGGCUGUGA